AACGGUUCCCGUCGUUAUGGAUACUUGGGGAAGCUGUGUAUAGAAAGUGGACUAACGUUAAGUUAGUUGGAAGAGUUAGCUAGCUAAAUAUAUAUUAAAUUGCAAAGUGUUUGCUAAAAUAAGAUGCAGUAAAUUACAUAUCUAUUUUUAGUUACAGAUAUCCGAUGUCCAAAAUGACCAGUUUGUCUUCAAUGUGAGACUGCAGCGGAUUAGGUCUUGGCGCUGGGUCGCCAGGAGGAAGCGUUUGCGUUCAUGGUGAUGGUGGAACGCACGACAGGAUGACGUCAUGUUUGUACGAGUGCCUGUACGAGGCGGGGCUGCAGCGCUACUACCCACAAUUCACCGCGAUGGGCCUGAGCCGGAUCGCACACCUGUCCCAGCUCACAAUGGGGGAUUACCCCAUGCUGGGGGUUCAGGACAUGGGCGACCGCACCCGUCUCUUCCACCUGGUGCAGCUGGUCAAGGGCUUUGAGGAAGAGGACGACAGCCAUGUUGAGGAAGAGAGAGGGCUGAGGGUGGAGUCAGCCAUUUCCUCCAGGAGGCCGACACCACGAAGACAGCUGGACUUUAGCGCAUGUUCGCCAGAGAGUGAAAAACGCCAGCCCGGUCGCGAUAACACAUCCCCCUGUAAACCCCGGACGGAUAGGGAGACCCCCCUUCGAAACGUCCGGGGUGAGAGGGAGGUGCGCAGACGCGGCGCCCGCACUCCAGCGGUGCCCCCUAAACCCGGCACUCGCACAAACAAGGAGACGGCCAAUCACAGCACCCGCGUGAACAAGGUAAAUCAGCACAGUGACCACAGCAACAGGGAGAGAGGAGAGAGGCGAUGGGCGGAGCUCACCUACAGGAAGUCUCUGCUGGAACAGGAAGCGGCCCCGAUGUACCAAGUGCAACGUGCCACAGGUUACAACUACGGCCUCCCGAUGACCUCACCUGAUUCUUCUACCAGGUCUUCGGCAGGCCGGGCAGUGGCGGAGAGGAUCCGGGUGUGUGUGCGGAAAAGGCCUCUGAGCCGGGCGGAGGAGAAGAGGGGAGAGGCGGACGUGGUCAGGGUUCGGGAUGGGGAGAGCGUGCUGGUGCAGGAGCAGAAGGAGGCUGUGGACCUCACCCAGUACCUCCUGCAGCACGAGUUUUACUUUGACGAAGUCUUCAGCGAGGCGUGCACGAACGAAGAUGUGUACAAGAAGACCGCCUACCCCCUCAUCCAGCACAUAUUCAACGGGGGGAAAGCCACGUGUUUCGCCUACGGCCAGACGGGGGCGGGGAAGACCCACACCAUGCUGGGGUCGUCGCCGCGGAGACCGGGGUUAUACGCGCUGGCGGCCCGCGACAUCUUCGCCCGGCUGGCGCAGGCCGAGCCCAGGCCCGGCCCCGGGGCCCUCCGCGUGUGCGUCAGCUUCUUUGAGAUCUACUGCGGCCAGCUGUACGACCUGCUCGACCACAGGAAACGGUUAUUUGCUCGGGAGGAUGGUCAGCGUGUGGUUCAGAUUGCCGGACUCAGAGAGGUGGAGGUGGAGUCUGUGGCCAGUCUUCUGGAGGUGAUCUCCUGGGGCGGUCGUGAGCGGAGCAGGGGGGCGAGUGGGGUGAACUGUGAUUCGUCACGCUCCCACGCCCUGCUGCAGAUCCACCUGAGAGCCCGCCCCCAGCGGCUGGUGGGCAGGAUCUCAUUUGUGGAUCUGGCUGGGAGUGAGAGGGCGUGUGACACCAGAGACCCGGACAGGCAGAGCCGCAUGGAGGGAGCUGAGAUCAACCAGAGCCUGCUGGCACUGAAGGAGUGUAUCCGGGCCCUGGACCAGGAGCUGUCACACACACCGUUCAGGCAGAGCAAACUCACACAGGUGUUGAAAGAUUCCUUUAUUGGGAAUUCAAAGACCUGCAUGAUCGCCAACAUCUCCCCGAGUCACCUAGCAACCGAGCACACCCUCAACACCCUCCGAUAUGCUGACCGGGUUAAGGAGCUGAGGAAGGGAGGGAAGAGUUCCCUCAGCCACGGCGUGACGGGGGGUAAAACCUCGUCCACUCCGUCGCCCAAACGCAACAAACACCUCGGCCGGGGGAAGAGCCCCACCAAGAAGGUGAAACUCGGGGUACAGAAGGAGUCCAGGGGCACCUCUGCUCCCUCUGCGGGGAUACUGUUCUCCCCCGGGGCUAACCUGAUCUGCUCCACGCCCAAAGACCUGGAGCGGGGCGGGGCAGCAAGCGAGGUCAGCCUGGACCACACCACGCCCCUGAGGGGCACCCUGGGGAGGGGGCGGGGCCGGAGGAGCAGGAGACGGGAGGAGGAGGAAGAGGGGGGGAGUGACGGAGGGCGGCGGCGCGACCAGGAGGCGCGGACGCGGGCCCGGCCGGUGUGGAAGGAGACCGUCCCCUGGGAGACCCUCAGUGGCCACGCCUCCUCCGGGAGGAAGGAGAGGGAGGGAGAGAGGGAGGAGACGGAGAGGGAGAGGCAUCUGAGGAGGUACCACGAGCACCUGCAGCAGUUCCUGCCGUCGGCCGUCCUGCGGAAGACCCCCCGGGCUGCAGAGGUUUCGGACGACCUGCUGAGGCCGCACAGCCCCCGCCAGCCCUCUCCUGCAGGGGGGGAGGGGGGCAGCAGGGGGCGCCCCGGGCCCUUACAGGCUCUGGAGCUCCGACACGGCAGUAGGGCCGGUCCCGGGGAGGGAGUCCCAAACGCUGUGGACGCAGGCCUGGCCCGAGCGCUCGGAGAGAGGCCGGAGACGCCUCUGUUCGGGUGGAGAAGGGGGGAGGACGUGAGGGAGAUGGGAUGGGUUGGGCUCGGAUAUCAGGAGGAGGGGCGGCUGGAGGUGCAGGGACGGGAACAGGAAGCCGGUCAGCAGAGGCGCGGUCUGGAGGACAUCAUCGUGGAGUAUCGGGACAGACGGACUCCCGUUAGCCCCGGGGCUGGGGGGAGUUUGGGGCUCAGGGAGGGGUGGGCUGGGCUGGGAGCGAGGGAGGAGGCGGAGAGCUGGGAGGGAGAGAGGGAAACGGAGAGAGGGAGCGACGGAGCGGCUAUGUCGGAGUGGAGCACGGAAGAGGAGGACUACAGCGCCUACCUGUCGACGGAGAGCAGCAGCAGCAACAACAUCCCAGCAGAGCGCCCGCUAUCGCCACCCAGAAACAGCGCCGCCCUGCAGGCCGGGGAUCUCAACGACCUGUCCUUCGAGUUAAAAUGCUCCAACUCCCACCCUCGGGAGGCCUGGGCGGGAGGGGACCCCCUGAGCCUGCAAUUCGGCUCCCCGCAAACAGACUCCGUCAACAUCCCACCGUGCACCUCACCUUCUGCCGCUAGCGUGCCGCCAACAGACCUCCUGAGGGGUGUGAGUGAAAGCCCAGACUCAGGAGAAGCGUUGAUGACUUCACUUGGCUUCCCCGGAGGGGUUGAGGUUGCGGUUGCGGUGACAUCAUUGACGGGGGCGGGGCCACAUGGCACAGGGCCAAUGGCGAGAGUUUUGGUCGGAGCGGACACGCCUCCGGGGUCGGCUCCCCCCUCGCGUGGCUCCUCCCCUUCAGCCGAGGAAAGCUCCGCCUCCACCAUGGACCCCCUCUCCAUCUCCCUCCUGCAGGUGGAGCAGCAGGUGGCCACAGACUCCUUCCUCCGGCCGGGCUCCUGCUCCCCCUGCGCCUCCCCUGAGGGAGGUGGUGAGGAGAGGGGCGGGGGUGGGCAGCCUCACCUCCUAUUGGAGGCCUUAUUGGACAUCCACACCUACUGGAAUCACCUUGAGACUGCAGUGGCACCAGAUGGCCAGAGGGGGCAGCAGAGUUUUGACCUCGAUUCUGCUCUCCUGUCCAUGAAAGGAAUGAGUGCCACCAAGGACCCCUCUCUCAGCCUCACCCCUUUCCCGGGGAGCUUCCUGGAGCCCUCGGCCCAGCCCGAGAGUGACGUUCUGGGCCCUGUAAAGAUCACAGAGCCCCCUAGAGCCCCCGACACCCAGGACCCUGCAGUGAAGACCAUAAGCCACACCUCCCUGUGUGGGCAGGGCCAAUCAGAACUCUCCCCCACUGAAGCCUGUCCAAUCAAAUCCACGUCUGUCUCAGAGAACAGCUCGGGUGUCCAGCUGGAGGUCUCUGGGGGAAGCGUGCGGUCGGAGCUGAAGCAGGGAGAAGGGCAGAAUGAGUUUGAUUUGUCCAUCGGGAGGGUGGUGUUGGGGCAACAGGGCCUGCCUCAGGACUUCCUAAAAGCAGGAGGUCUGGUGAAGCCACACAGCGUCACACAGGACCCGUCCCAGCAGAGUGACCCCUCCGUGACCUCCUCAUUCCUGCGCCUCGCUGGAACCACACUCUCGCGCAGUGACGGGCUGGGCCCAGCACAGAGGCUGGUGGUUCGGGCGCACUGUGAGCAGCUGGAGGAGAUGGACUCUCUGUGCCGCAGAGAGGAGGCGCUCUUGAGUCUGCAGCCCAGCAUGGACUUCACUGACUAUGUGCUGAAGCUGGAGGAGAUUAUGGAACUGAAGACCAAGUGUGUGCGGAGUAUGAGAGCCCAACUGCAGCUCUACCUGACCUGCAGUACUGACUCUCACACACUGACUCACUGACUCUCACACACUCACUCACUGACUCUCACUCGCUGACUCACUGACUCUCACACACUCACUCACUGACUCUCACUCGCUGACUCACUGACUCUCACACACUCACUCACACACUCACUGACUCGCGUGCUGACUCACUGACUCUCACACACUCUCACUGACACUCACACAAUCACUCACUGACUCACGUGCUGACUCACUGACUCUCACACACUCUCACUGACACACACACUCACUCACUGACUCACGUGCUGACUCACUAGCUCACUCACUAGCCCACUCACGGACUCGCGCACACACUGCCUCACUGACCCGCGGGCACACACUGGAUCACUGAGUCAUUUGCACACUCAGACACACUCACACUGUCUGACUGACUGGCUCCAAACAACCGAUGGUCUCAUUUAGGCUGACUGGCACAUUAAGUGACUGACACACACACACAAAGACAAUCUGUGACAUCCACGAUCAUCGAAGAGCUCCACGCAUUCAGACAGACGGAUAAACAUCCUGUCGAAAGGACUGAUGUGCUACCUGUCGGGCCUCUCUAGAGCUUAUCUGAGACAGGAUCAACAUCUGUGCAUUCUGACAGUCUACAUUCCCCAGGCCCUCCAUAUCCUGUUUGUCUCCCACAGGAGAUAUUUAUGUACACGUGCCUUCCCUACUAGAGCUAAAUAACUGGCAGAUAAGGGUAUUUUACCUUUGCAUUUAGUUAACCUGAACCAAAGCAAGAACAGCUGAGAAAUGUAUUUUGUGUGUGUGUGUGUGUGUGCGUGUAUGUGUGUGUGCGUGUGCGUGCGUGCGUGCAUGUGUGUGAGAGAGACGGACAGACUCACAUGCCUCUCCUGUCUGAUGUCACUGAUGUUUUAGUUUCCCAAAAGAGAUAUGCAGGAAUGACCAAACCACAAUUUCCCUUUUAUUCAUUUGGUCAUUGUAGCUUCACUGUGCUUAUGUGACUCAAUGUGGGGAAUAUUCUUCAGACUGAAUAUCUUCUUUUCUGUCCAGAAUCUGAAAUGAAUGGUUAUCCUCUUUGUAUGGAGUAGCAUAUGCCUAAUUUGACAGUCACAGGUCAAAUUAAGUUGCUUAUAGGGUGUUUGUUAAUUCACUUUAACACAUCUAUAAUAAGACACUUAUCAUCGAGUGUGGAAUUGUUGUUUUUCUAUUUUUAUUAUUUAUAAGUGACCUAAAUCCAUUAGAAAUUGAGUUAGGUAAAACAGUUGCAUUAUAAUGGAAAAAGGUCUCAUACGAGGCUACUUUCAUCUUUUGAAUCAGGAAAAUAUUUUGAAAGAUUGCAGUACACCGAUUGACAUUCACAGCAUACAGGGGUAUAUCCGUUUUGAAACGAGGACGCUCUGAGAAUCUGGCUCUUAAACUGGAUUUUACGAUAUGCUUUCGCCACUAUUUGCAUGUGGUAAACUAUUUUUAAAAUAUUUUUUAAUUGCUUAUUUACUUUUAUACGUAUUUAUUUUUGCUCCGUCAUUCUGCAGAAUUAAUUAACAUUUUCGCCUCCGCCUUUUUGCCCAGUGGUCAACAGAGGUCGCUUCAGCAGUAAUUAUUUUUAAACUAAUAAUACGGGAGUGUAGGUUAUGUAAUUGCAAGUUGUCCGUUGUUACAUUGUGCCAUUUCCCGUCUGAUUUGGAAAAUGUACUUUAUACAGACUACACUAGCAGUCAUAUUGAAGUGUUGAUUGUUAACUAUAGCCUAUAAAAUUGUUGGAAAAGACAUGGUGUAUGAUUACAAAUUGUAUAUCAUAAUUAAAAAGAUAUAUUUAAUACCUGUAA